AUGAGUAAGAUACUACGUCGAUCAGGAACAAAAUUAUCGAAAGAAGACACUUAUUCUGAACAGGUCACUAUUGAUGUCGGUGAUGAUAAUGUCCCCGUUUCCCAUAAUAAAAAAAUAAUUACAAGUAUUUUCUGCUCACCAAAUGGAUCAUAUGUUGUAACUUGGAGUGAAGAUGACAAAUCAGUGUUUGGAUAUCCUGUCAUUAAAGGACAAGAUGAACUUAAAUUUGAUUACUUGAUUUCUAGCAGUGAGAUUAAGCAUCUACCUAAUUGCAAGUUAUAUGGGGUUUCGGAUAACAAACAUGUCAUACUAAUGACAGAGAGACAGGUUCCUUAUAAUUUUGGUCGGUUUCUUAAACAUUUAAUUGAUAUACAGCCUUGUAAGAUCGAAAUUGUUCCUCCUGCAAUCAUAGAUAAGCUGGAAUUUUUUGGACCUCAUAAAAGUGAACGAUUUCUUAUUAAAGGGCAUUACGCUAAAUCUCUCAAAGUAACUUAUAAAAUGGCAAAUCCAUAUACUCUUAAAGUUUAUUCUGCGAUAAAUCUUUUAAAACAUGAUGGAAAUGAAAUCGAAGUAUUUACAGUUCACCCUGAUCAUAUAAUAAGAGUAUGGAACAAUCGUUUAUUUGUUCAAGAAUUAAUGGAAUCAGAAUGGCCUGAAUAUUUAAAAUCAGUAAUUGAUGAUAACGACCAGAUUACAACUUUAUUUUGUGGUGAAUCUGUUAAGAAAACAUUGGAGGAUACUUUAAAAAUUUAUAAAUCAGAUCAUGAUCCUGGUUCCACGUCCAAAAAAAAAACUUUCACAGGUCAUUCGUUCAUUUGGAAUGUGAUCUUCCAUGAUAGGUUUGAAACAAGAAAAAAUUUUGUAUUAAAAGCUCAAAAAUUUGAUCAUGAAGAGAAUAGUUGGGAUCCUGUUGAGAAAAGUGUAGAAUUUCCUUCAAGUCAUUUUUUGGGUGAUUCCACUUAUUUCAUGGAAUGUAACCUUCUUGAAAGUGAAGAUUUAUUGAUGAUCACUCCUAUUGGUGUAUUUAUCUGGACAAUUAAAUCUGACGGCGAAAUUGGUUUACUUUAUUAUUGGGGACUUUACGAUGGUACCAGAUCUAAAACCCCACAAGAAGGAAUAAUAAAUAAUCUCGAAUCGAUCCUUAAAGAUGAUCAAUUGAAAUUUUCAAAUAAAAAAUUAUUACCUUCUCCACAUUUUAAUAGGAUUGUUAAAAUGCGCAAAAGAAGCACUUGGUUUACUGAACAUGAUAAAGGAUGGGGAACUAUGAAUGCUCCUAAUUUUCAAGAUUUACUUGACUAUUACAUGAAUGACGUAUUACUUUUGGAGUUAUACGGUGAUGAUCUUAUGCGUGCAUUAUUGCAAGAGUGUGAUGAUGAGUUUGUUGAAACAUUUUUUAAAAGAUGUCUUAUAUUAAGUGAAUUUCAAAUAGAAGAUGGAAAUAUUUCGUCUUCUAUUAAAUUAGUAAAUAUUAUAUUUUCUUCAUUUCCACAAUUAUCGGAAAAAUCUUUUACUUUUGUUAUUCGUUCGUUAGCACAUUUAGCAUUUAUCCCCUCUCAUAAUUUUAAAGAUUCUUUA